AUGGCAAAUAACCACCUGGCCACCCCCGACGUCGAGCUCGCACCCCUGCUUGCGACUAUUCCGCCCUCCGCGGAGUCAAUGCUCCCGGACAUCAACGCUACCCGAGCUUGGUUCGACACCAACCUCAUAGCGGGCGCGCACCGCGCACAAGAACCACACCUGCCUCCAGAGACCGCCUACGUCUCGAAGGACCACACGCUGGCCGUCGAGGGCCCAGGGGGCGAGAUCUCUGUGCGCAGCUAUGUGCCGGUGUCCUCCAUGGGCGACGCACGCUUCCCGAUGCUGUUCUGGACGCACGGUGGAGGUUGGGUCGUCGGUGACCUCGAGUGGGAUGACUACUACCUCAAGAUCCUCUGUGUCGAGCUGCAGCUCGUGAUCGUGAGCCCUGACUACCGACGCGCCCCGGAGUACCCGUUUCCGACGGGAAUAAACGAUGCGUUCGCGGCAUUGAAAUGGGCAGGUCUCUAUCGCACUGCUGUACGCACCCCUUUUCUAACGUCCUUACAGGCCAAGAAGAAUGCCGGUAGCUUCAACGCGGACCUCUCCAAGGGUUUCCUCGUCGGUGGUCCAUCCGCCGGCGGGAAUUUCGCGGCCAUCCUCGCCCAUCGCGCCAAGGCCGACCCCGAGUUUUCUCAACACCCGCUGACGGGACAGAUCCUGCAGUAUCCGGUCACAGUGCACCCGGACGUCGUUCCUGAAGAGUAUGAACUUCACCGCCUACGGCCAGAUGACGGACGUGGUCAUCCUCCCCACGCGCUUCAUGCACGAGUUCUUCCAGCGCAACACGCAGAACUGCUGCAGGCUCCGCCUGCGGACCCGGACGUCUCGCCGCUCCUGCAGCGUUCCUUCGACGGUCUCCCGCCUGCGCUCGUGCAGGUGUGCGGCAUGGACCCGCUCCGCGACGAUGGACUGCUCUACGCGGAGAAGCUGAAGAAGGCCGGCGUGCCGACAAGACUGCGCGUGUAUCCGGGCGCUCCGCAUGCGUUCCAUAUCUGUUUCCCGCAGACGAAGAUCGCGCAGAGGUUCGAGGCAGAGCUAAAGGACGCGGUGCGUUGGAUGCUCGCGGGCGCGCCGAGCGACGGACCGCAAGCGGCGCAGAUGUGA